CGCGUUCUGCCAGAGGCUUUCGGACCCUCGGGGGCAUCAGUAGACAAGCCUCAGCAACUGUGUCUGAAAGACGGAGCGGGGGAGGAGCCUUCGCGCUGACGUCACCGCGCGGCGCAGCCAACCCCGAGCGACCGCGCGCCAACUUCGAAUACGGGCCGUGCCUUGGCGCGCGCGGGGCUCGAUCUUGGGGAGGUUCGCGCGAAGUCGGGUGCGCUCUGUCCUCUUUUGUCCUUCCGGCCCCACCGUUCCACCGAGAGCCUUCGCCCGGUUACCUGUUCGGAGGUGUCCAUGGCAACUUCCCCGAAACGGAGACGGGCCGAGAACAGCAUCAAAAAGAUCGCCGUGGAAGGCAACAUCGCUGCAGGGAAGUCUACUUUUGUGAAUAUUCUCAAACAAGCCAGGGAGGAGUGGGAAGUUGUUCCAGAGCCGAUAGCAAGAUGGUGCAAUGUUCAGAAUUGCGAAGAUGACUGUGAGGAGCUGUCCGCCUCACAAAAAAGCGGUGGUAACUUACUGCAGAUGAUGUAUGGGAAACCAGAGAGAUGGUCCUUCACUUUCCAGACCUACGCCUGCCUGAGCAGAAUCCGGGCUCAGCUCAAAGUUCUUGAUGGGAAACUCAAAGAUGCUGAUAACCCGGUGGUCUACUUUGAGAGAUCUGUUUACAGUGACAGAUACAUUUUUGCAUCUAAUUUAUACGAGUCUGACUGCAUGAAUGAAACAGAGUGGACAAUCUACCAGGACUGGCACAACUGGAUGAAUCAGCAGUUUGGGUCAAGUCUUGAACUAGAUGGCAUUGUUUAUCUCCGAGCUACUCCUGAGAAAUGCUUGGAAAGGAUUUAUGUGCGUGGAAGGGAUGAAGAACAAGACAUUCCCAUAGAAUAUCUGGAAAAACUUCAUUAUAAGCAUGAAAACUGGCUGCAGCACAGGACAUUACGAACGGAUUUUGAAUACCUGCAGGAGGUACCUGUCCUAACGCUGGACGUAAAUGAAGACUUCAAAGGCAGCAAAGAUAAGCAUGAAAGUAUGAUUGAAAAGGUGAAAGAAUUUUUGAGCACCGUAUAACCCUCCUAGAAAGCACACCAAACCUGGGCAUUCCCAACUUUCACAUCCCUUCGUUUGUGUCACCAGUUCUACUUUUGCUUAAGGUCCCCAAUGACAGGUUCCCCCUUCAAAACCUUUGUUGACUUUUGCUAUGGACUGUUUUUUAUAAUAUUACGUUGUGCUAAGGUUUCUUACAUUAACUGUUUGCUGAAAAUAUAAAAUCAACUAGGAUUACGGAACAGAGUUUGAGGGUUCUGGUGAACUGCAUUACAUUCUUUUCAUCACAUCAUUGAAAUAGUUCAGUAAAACCAUUGUCUUCUCUGGAACAUGUCUUGUGAAUCUUGAAGAGUAUCUUGGACCCACUACCUGCUCACUGACAAAUGGAUCGGAAUCCUUGUUGCUUUUUCAGUGCUUGCAAGGUUACACUAUAAGGAGAUAGUACCUAUAUUCACCUCAGUUCUUGCAUUAUGCUUGCAUUUUGUCCAAAGCAGUCCAGUUAUGUAAUGGUGAUGAAUUUUUAAAAGCCUUUUUAUAGCAAGGAAGCUAUUGAAAAUAGCUGUGUAUUUGACAACAAUUAAGGUUUUAUGACAAUGUUUACCCAGUUUUGUAAGAUAUGAUUUUUAGCUGCUUCUGUACAAUAAAAUAUGGUUUUGCUUUCUCUUAAAUAUGAUGAAAUAUUUUAAAUGAGCCAUGUGUGAUGAUUUGUUGCUGAUCUGAAAGUGUGGACUCAUCCUGCCACUCAUUUUCCCCUUUAUUCUGAAGUCGAAGCUGCAUACAGAAUAUUGGGAGUAAGAAUGUGCCUGGCAGGAUUCUCACUGUCCAUGCAAAUAUUUUAAAUGAAACAUUUCUUAUGGGGGUUAUUUAUCAAUUCUUGAAGCUCCUCUGUUUGAUGCAGCCUGAAGUGUGUUGCCCCUGAACUUGUCAUAUGCAACAUUAGUAGUCAAUUUUAUAUGCAAUGCAUUCAUUCUCCUGCUGUAGGAUUUCUGUCUUGCUUCAUAUUUAUUAAUUUUUCUAAAUUACUGAAUUUUUCCUAUAGGUCUAGAAUUUUUCUGAGGCUUUAAAAAAGCAGUUCCUUUCCUGUAUGGGGCUGUUUGGGGAAGAGGAUAAUAGGCAAACAUGCUCGCAUCAAAUUUUCACAUACCAAUCUUUUCACUACUUCUGAUGGGAUGUCACCUUAAUGUUGAAUCCCCAUGGAGUAGUAAAAAAUGAACUUCUGGUAUAACCAUGCUUUGUAAACUUUACAGAACUUUAAACUUAUGAAACAUCACAUUGACCUGGUUUGCACAUAAUGCUAACCUAUGGUUCAUUUAACUUUUGGUUUAUCCAGGAUUUGUAUACUUAUGAGUUUCUGGGAGAUAACCAAACAAACCUUCCUCUUGUAUCCAAAAGGCUUUAGUAGCACUGUACAGCUGGCAUGUGUAGCAGCUGAGUUGUUUGAACAUACUUGCCUACUACCUCUGUAGCCUGGCAAAACAACCCAUGAUCAGAUCCUGGUUAUGGGUCCACAGGUAAUCACAACCCAUGGUAUAAGGAUAAGAAUACAUAACCCAACAAUAAAUCAUGGAUUCUCCUUUUGGAUUAUUUGUGGUUAAUAAACCAUGGUUUGUUAGCAUUUCUUGGUUUGCACAUCAAAACAGAGAAUUUUGCAAUGCACAGGUUAAAUAAAUCUUAUAUAUAAAUCA